AUGGCGACACGACGAUGGGGCGUGCCGACUCGCUCGGCACGGUUGGCGAGCCAGCUGAACAUGGAGAUUCAGCUCCUGCUGGCGGCUAUGCGGCAAAACAGCAAAUGGGUGGCGGGUCCUCGCGUCCUGGGAGAAGAAGUCGAAGUUCCGGAAGAUCCGUUGCUUCUCAAUCUUAAAAUUCUACGGCGAAACGCAUUUCUCUGGGCAUCUGGAGCAACGGAGGUGUCAGGAAUUCGAUCUGGUGGAGAUGCGUGGGAACGCGGCACGACUGGGAGGGACGUUGCGAGUAAAGCGGAGGUGCAGGGGGAUGGGGGAGCGGCGCGCGCCGAAAGCAGCGGGGAGGAGAGGCAGGCGGCGAGCUCACUGGCGUCGGGUGCGGACGGGACGGGGGGUAAGGGAUGCGGAGAUGGCGGCGAUGAGUGGGAUCGCGUGGAUCCGCUGGAGUACCUGGCGCCGUUCCUCACCAUCAUUCGCUCCGAGAAGACCAACACCGCCUCCACAGGCGUCGCGCUCGCCGCCACGCACAAGAUCCUCACCACGGGGUUCUUCUCCGCGAGCACGACGGGCGCCGCGCGCGCCAUGCACGCCGUGGUGGAGGCCGUGACGGGGUGCCGCUUCGAAGUGACCGACCACUCGUCGGAGGAAGUGGUUCUCAUGAAGAUCCUCCAGGUUCUCGUGGCGUGUCUGACGUGUCCAGCGGGGGAGCUGUUGUCGGAUCGGGACGUGUGCAGCGUGGUGAACACGUGCUUUCGCGUGGUGCACCAGUCCGCGCUGCGCAGCGAUGUGCUGCAGCGCGCAGCGUGCGCCGCCAUGCACGACAUGGUGCGCACCAUAUUCGCGCGCCUGCCAUCGCUGCCCAGCUCGCCGGCGACGGGCGAGGAGGAGAUGCAGGCGGCGAGGAGCACGGAGGGCACCAUGGUGCUGCCCGACGACGACGCGCUUGACGCCGCCGCCGCCAUCGACGCAGCGGCCGCAGCACGGCUCAAAGAUGGCGUGCAGCCGCCGGGUGAAGAGGGUGCCGCUGCUGCAGUGGCGCAAGCAGAGGGCGGGGGGGAGAACGGCGGAGGUGCAGGACAGGAAGGCGAGGAGAAAGUGCAUCAAGGGGAUGAGUCGCACCCUCUGCUGCCACCAGACGCGACUGGCGCGGCAUCUGCUGCGUCGCCUAGUGGCUCUGAGUCGCCAGGGACGGACUCGGGCAGCGAGGGGGACAGCCAGCUCGAGGGCGCGCCAGGGGACGAUUCGUCAAGUGAGAACGAGCAGGAGGCGGGGGAGGAGUACGAGGAAGACAGCAGUGCAGUGGACUUCACGCGCGAGGUGGUGCUGGGGCGCCCCUACGGUGCAGCGUGUCUCGUGGAGGUCUUCCACUUCCUCUGCUCGCUGCUCACUCUCGAGGAGAACCUCGUUGCCUCGCCCCGCGCUGCCAGUCCGCGCACCCCUCGCUCCUACGCAUGGGCGCACGCACACGAGGACAUGCCUCUCUUCGCGCUGCAGCUCAUCAGCACGGCACUGGACCUCACAGGCGAGCAUGUGGCCCUGCACCCGCGCCUGCUGGCGCUGGUCUCCGACGACCUCUUCCGCUCCUUCUUCCUGCUCGCAGCCUCGCCCAACCCGCUCCUCUUCCCGCUCAUCUGCAGCAUCGUGCUGCGCCUCUUCCUGUGCCUGCGCCGCCACCUCAAGCUGCAGCUCGAGGCGUUCUUCCUCGUCGUGCUGGCGCGCGCCGCACAGGAGCGCUAUGCCGUGUCGUUCCAGCAGCAGGAGGCAGCGCUGGAGGCGCUGCUGGACUUCUGUCGGCUGCCGGAGUUUGCAGUGGAGCUGUACAGCAACUUCGACUGUGACAUCAGCCGCAGCAACCUGCUGGAGGACCUGGGCGGACUGCUCUCCAAAAGUGCCUUCCCCGUGGCGUCACCACUGACCUCGCUGCAUGUACUGGCGCUGGACGGGCUGCUGGAGAUGCUGCGCCACAUGGCCCACCGCGUUGACUCCGGCCCCGCCCCCAAGCCCCCUGCACCGCCCAGCUACGGUAGCGGGCGGCAAGCGGAUGGGGUGGAGUUCUGGACGUGCCAGUGGGGCCCUCCUCCGCCCACCAGCGCUGCAGCUGCCGCAGGGUGGGGCGAUAUCGGAGCCGCCGGGGCGGGCAAGCAGCAGGGGGGCGUGGUAGGCGAAGGAGGAGGCGCAGGGGCAGGGCCAAAGAGCAGUGCACGUGCUGAGGUUGGUGGGUGGGGUGUGUGGGAGGCGGAGGGCGACUGGGGCCGGUGGGUGGAGUUUGUGAGGGCGAGGAAACACGUGAAGCGGCGGUUGCUGCAGGGGGCGGAGCAUUUCAACAGGGAUCCAGCGAGGGGGUUGCAGUACCUGCAGGCGGCAAAGCUGCUGCCAGAGGAGCUGGAUGCGCGCAAUGUGGCGUGCUUCUUCCGCUACACGCCGGGGCUGAGCAAGCGAGUGCUGGGGGACUAUCUGGGCGACCACGAGCCCUUCAAGGUCGCCGUGCUGCACGAGUUCGCACGCCUCUUUGACUUCCACGGCCUUGCCCUGGACGGCGCCCUGCGCACCUUCCUUGAGAGCUUCCGCCUGCCCGGGGAGGCGCAGAAGAUUGCUCGCGUGCUGGAGGCGUUUGCUGCGCGCUACUACGAGCAGUGCCCCGACGUGCUGGCGAGCCGUGAUGCGGCGUACAUCCUGUCGUACUCGGUGAUCAUGCUCAACACGGACCAGCACAACGGGCAGGUGCGGCACAAGAUGACAGAGGAGGAGUUCAUCCGCAACAACCGCAUGAUCAACGACGGCACCGACCUGCCGCGCGACAUGCUCACGGAGCUGUACCAUUCCAUCGCCCGCGACGAGAUCCGCGUCUCCGCUGACAGCCUCGCAGGGGGGGGGUCGGGCGCGGGCAGUGGAGCAGCAGGCGAGAUGAGCUACAGCCGGUGGAUGGACAUAGUGCGGCGUGCGCCGUCGUGCCUGGCGUACGUACCUUGUGGGGACUCACGGCCGCUGCUGGACCAUGACAUCUUCGCUGCCGUGUCAGGGCCCGCCAUCGCCGCCAUGAGUGUGGUGUACGACCACAGUGACUCCCCGGACGUGCUGCGGCAGUGCCUGCAGGGCUUCAUGGACGCCGCCAAGAUCUGCGCCGCUCACUGCAUGCGCGACGCCCUCGACGACCUCGUCGUCUCGCUCUGCAAGUUCACCACGCUGCUCAACCCCGCAGGGGGGACGGGGGCAGCGGGGGCGCAAGCAGGGGCAGGAGGGUAUGAGGGAGGGGGGAUGGAGGAGGAGGAGGCAGCAUUGGCGUUUGCGGAGGAUGCGAAGGCGACGAUGGCAGCAGCGGCGGUGUUCACAGUGGCGAACCGGUACGGGGACUACAUCCGCACGGGGUGGCGCAACGUGCUGGACUGUGUGCUGCGCCUGCACAAGCUGGGGCUGCUGCCCGUGCGCGUGCUGCUGGCCGCACAUGACGGUGCGGGGCAGGACGAGCUGGUGAAGCUGCCCUUCACAGGGGACGCCUCCACCGCCACCUCCACUCGCGCCGCCAUGCAGCACAGGGACGGCGACGGGGCCAGCGGCAAAGCAGGGGGCAGCGGCGGCAGUGGAUGGGGUGGAGGAGGGGGGCUGAUGCUUCGGUUCAGCCAGCUGUUCCUGCUGGAGUCGGAGGAGGAGCAGCAGCCGUCACAGCAGCUGGUGGAGGCACAGCGGCAGGUGCUGCGCGCCAUGGAGGAGUGCCGCAUUGAGGCCAUAUUCGCCGACAGCAAGUUCCUCCAGGCCGACUCCCUGCUGCACCUCGCCAAGGCGCUCAUCUGGGCUGCCUCCUCCGGCAGGUCGCUGCGAGGGGGCAGUGGCGCCGUGGGGGCGAGCACGGCGGACGAGGAGGACACGGCAGUGUUCUGCCUGAGUCUGCUGGUGGCGGUGACGCUGACCAACCGUGACCGCAUCCUGCUGCUGUGGCCAGCGGUGGCGGACCACCUGGCGGGCGUGGUGGAGACGGCCACGGCGCCCACGGCGCUGGUGGAGAAGGCAGUGUUUGGGCUGCUGCGCCUGUGCCGCCGCCUCGUGCCGUACAAGGAGGACGUGGCGGACGAGCUGCUGCGCUCACUGCACCUCAUCCUGCGCCUCGAUGCGCGCCUGGCGGACGUGCUGUGUGAGCGCAUCACCAAGGAGCUGCUCCUGCUCGUGCAGGCACAUGCUGCAGCCGCCGCUGCAGCCACAGCAGCUGCCACGGCAACCGCUGCCGGUUUCCCUAGCAGUUUCCCUGCAUCUCCAGGCUCUCUCUCACGCGAGUCUGGUCACAUCCGCUCCGCCGCUGCGUGGCGCACUUUGUGCUCGCUGCUGGCCGUGGCUGCCAGGCACCCCGACGCGGCAGCAGCGGGCUUUGAGGCGCUGCGCUUCGCCAUGGACGAUGGCAGUGCGGCACCAUCGAUGCAGCCCACCGCGUCGUCCCUGCACCGCACCAUGUCGCGUACACGCAGCGAGGACGGGGCGCGCUCUGUGCUACCUGCUAGUCUGCUGCCAUGCCUGGACGCGGCGGUGGAGUUUGUGGAGUCGAGGGCAGGCGGGCCAGCGCGGUCCGUGAAGGCGCUGGAGCUGCUGCUGGGGCUGCUGCGCCCACUGCAGCUGUGCGUGGCAGAGGUCACGGCGCAAGAGGCAAUGGAGAUAGGCGAGGGGGGCGAGGAGGCAAGGGAGGCGCAGUUGAAGGAGGUGUGGGAUGCAUGGAGCAAGCUGGCGUCGGUGGUGGCGCGUUCAGGCAUGGAGCAGAGGGAGGCAGUGCGCAAUGCUGCCAUUGCGGGCACACAGCAAGUGGUGCUGGGUGCGGGUGGGCUGGGUGUGCCUGUGCGCAUGCGAGUGCGGUGCCUGGAGGAGGUGGUGGUGCCACUGCUGGACGGGCUACUGGACACGGCGACGAGGGAGAAGCCAAGGGAGUUCAAGGGCAUGGAGGGCUCGCUCAUUCUUGCACUCAAGCUGCUCACCGCCACCUUCCUCUCUCUGCUGCCUCACCUCCUCCCCAUCUCUUCAUCCACCGCACCCCCUCCUCCCGUCUCGUCCCCUGACAGCAUUCCCACCUCUCCCUCUCCCCCUUCCUCCUCUCGCGCGGCCGCCACUGCCUCCAACAUUGCAUCGCCACGCCAGCUGUGGCUGGCAGUGCUGCAGCGCCUGGAGCGGUGCAGCAAGGCCAAGGUGAGGGCAGCACUGGGAGGGGGGGAGGCAUUGCAGCGAGAGGUGGGGGAGGCGGUGCGGGGGCUGCUGCAGACCAUGGUCCAGCACAGGGUGCUGCUGCCCCCUGCUGUCACACCUGCCCGGCCUGCUGGCAGCGCUGGCGACGAGCGGGAGCGAGAUGGCGAGGGUGCCAGCAGAGGCGAGGGGACAGGUGCAGGUGAGGGGAAGAAUGAAGCAGAGAGUUUGUGGGAAGUGACUUGGCGGGCCGUUGGGGUGAUUGCUCCUGGAGUUACAGUGGAUGAGAUGCUUCCCUUGGACACCAGGGCGCCAAGCACGCAGAGCAAGGAGGGGCAAGAAGGGGUGGGGGAAGGGGACUACGUGCUGGUGGGUAAGGAGGACGGGGAUUCACAGCAAUAG